UAUUAAUGAUUUGUUAAUGCGUUAAUAAUGUAAAUGUGCUGUUGCGUCGUUUCAGUUUAUUUGGAGCAAUAAUGGGAAAUGCGCAGAGUUACAUCGCCGCCUCGGUCACUGCUUGUUCUGUGUACUUGGUUUAUGUUCACAUCUACUCUUCUCAUAAGUUGUUGAGGACAAAUGUCCUCGACAACGAGAGGCUUCCCAGUUCCGUCUAUCUUUAUAUGAAAUACUUGACCAAAGCUCUGAGUCGGAGGACAGGCUGCUUGUGCACGGACACCACGAGGGAGUGUCAAGUUGUUUACACGGUCCUCAACUGCAGGCUGGAGACUCCCCUGCUGAGGAGGUUCUGCACUGCUGCUGGUUAUGGUUGGGAUUAUCCAGACACCGAGUGCAGAGACACCCCUCUGUGUUUCCCAGAGUUUCUCUGUCGAAGGCUGCUGCUGAUGCUGCUGACUGACAGAGACUUCAGGCUCAGCCCGGCAGGUCUCGUUCGUGUGCGGCAGAGUUUAAAAACCCUUCAGCCAGUUGAUGAACUGAAGAAGGGUCCGUUCACGCUGCAGGUUCGAGUCCUAGUUUACCGGCAAAUUGAUGCAGGGGUGGAGGUGGACAUCUGCCUCACAGCCACUUCUCGUACUGGAUGCCCCGUGUGGGAGAGCGUCCUGACGCUGCUGUCUGAAAACAAGCUCCACAAAACCACCAGCAGAGGCUCACCAAGGAAGGAAAAUGAGACCCCAACAGAUGAGCCGGAACCCGAAAAUGUGAAGCAGGUGGAGCUUAAAGUGUCCAGGGCUGCUGGCCUGCAGUGUGCCUGGACUUUGUCUGACUUCUUCCCCUAUCGGCUGCUCUCUCUAUCGUCCACACUCUUUGGCUACAGAUCGCAGACCUCACCGAGUCUCUGGAUGCUGUCUGUCUGCUUGGCUGAAAUAGAAAAGCACAAAGGGGUUGAAGUCAUCACAGCUCCGAUCAACAUCACUGCCCAGUAUCAGGAGCCUCUGAUGGUGCCAGGCAGGGUGACGAUCACGUUCUGGGAGAAUAGCAAAGACCAGAAUCAGUCCUCUGCUCCAGGCCUCAGCUUCCACAUGCAGCAACAUGGAAGCAACAGAACUCACGUCAAGGGACUCAUUUUUAGGUCUGAAUCAACCUAGAGGGUUGAUAUUGGUAGUUUUGCCUAAACACAGCCAAAUGCUGAUAUUGCACUUUUUCUAUUUUGCUGUUUUUGCUGUUAAUUUGUAUGAUUGAAUGUGUAAUUAAUUAAAUGCAGCAAGGUUGUCCAGAGAAUCAUCUAAUCCACAUUCAUAUGAUCAUUAGAUAAGAUCUGUACAAUGCAGAUUUGAUUUGUAUUCCACUAAGAACAUGAUGUAAUUGAAUGAGGUGUUUUCAACUUAAUUCACCGCGACCGUUUCAAUACUUACAAUAAUGGUGGAGUGUUCAUGCUGUAAAUUACAAUGUGCCAUGUUCACGUGUGUGUGUGAGGAGCUAAAAUAACUAAUUCAUGAGUAACAGUACACAUAUUGUUGUCAUUUAAACCGGCAUUAGUCUUUUGCCUAAAAGGGUCAUAUUAACUGAGUAAGAUUUCUGAUUAAUUUCAUCAGCAAAGCUUUGUGCUGUAGGUUUCAUAGAUCUACUGUACACGAUCACUUUGUCACAUGCUAUGUCUACUGGUUGAUAUAUACAACACUAAUGCAGACAUCAUCCCUACAGGGAGUGGAGACUUUUCAAUAUUUGAUCCCUCUGAUAUUCCUGUGUGCAUCUUUGAUGUAUGUGAAGGUCUGUCUUCUUGUAUUAUUUAUUGGAACACAUUUAGUGUAUGGAAGUGAGAGAAGUGGCUUUUCACGCAUCUGCACCGCUGCAACAGUUCAUGCUAACACAGAGCUAUGAUAUUUUGAAAUAAAAGCAAUGGGCAUUU